AUGUCUGCUGGUCUUGCCUUUGAACUUAAAUCUACUCUUGAAGGACAUAAUGGAGCCGUCACAUCACUUGCUGUUGCUGCAACAAAACCAGACGUUCUUGUCUCUGGAUCACGUGAUAAGACUCUUAUGGUAUGGAAAGUAGACACAAAUUCAGAAGCUCAAGCUGAAACUAUUCUUCCAACUAAAUCACUUCAUGGACACAGCCAUUUCAUUAGUGAUCUUGUUCUCUCAAAUGAUGGACAAUUUGCUAUUUCAUCAUCAUGGGAUCAUACUUUAAGACUUUGGGACCUUACUAAAAUGGAAUCAGUUAGAAGAUUUGUUGGACAUGAAGGAGAUGUUAUGUCAGUUGCCUUUUCUGCUGACAAUACCAAAAUCAUUUCAGGUGGACGUGAUAAAACAAUUAAAUUAUGGAAUACUGUUGGUAAAUGUGUUGCAUCUGUUAAAACUGAUUCACACUCUGAAUGGGUUUCAUGUGUUAGAUUUGUUCCAAAUGCUAAAGGAAACAAAUUUGUUUCUGCUGGUUGGGAUAAUCAAGUUAAAACUUGGACUCUUGAUCAAUCAUGCAAAUUAGAAUCUACUAUUACUCAUCAUACUGGAUUCAUUAAUACCGUUGCUUUUUCACCAGAUGGAUCAAUUAUGGCUACUGCUGGUAAAGAUGGUAAUAUUGCUAUGUGGACACUUAACAAUGGUACUGGACUUUAUGAAUUCCUUUAUGAUGUUUCAGUUAAUUGCCAAGUUUAUCAAAUUGUUUUUGCUGAAAAUCCAGAACAAUACACUCUUCUUGCUGCCACUGAACUUGGAGUUGUUGCUAUUAAGGAUAAGGAAAUUAAGGCAUUCACUAAGACUUCAGCUUGUAUGUCUAUUUGCCUCUCUGCUACUAAGGAUGUCAUUUUCACUGGACACGUUGAUAAGAAGAUUAGAAUGUGGAAAGUUGGAGUUGCUAGUACUAUUAAAGCUACCAACUAA